AUCAGAAGCGCUGAUGAUAACGAGCAUUUAUUGGGAUGAUGAGAUCUGAAGCAGCUACAGUCGCUGAGUAAAACAGACUGAAUCAACCUGAGGAGGAACCCAUCAGACGAUGAACAGAUUCUCAUCAUGAACUUCUUCCUGGAAACAAUCCGAGUCAUCUUCCUUUCCUUAUGGUUCAACAUCGAAGCUCUGGUUUACCUCCUGGUCCCCAGGAAGAAGAAGAACAUCGCUGGGGAAGUGGUUCUGAUCACGGGUGCCGGCAGUGGAAUCGGCCGCCUGAUGGCCCAGGAGUUUGCAGCUCAUGGAACCGUUCUGGUUCUGUGGGACAUUAACCAGGAAGGCGUGAAGGAAACGGCCAGACUGGCCAAAAACGCCGGAGCCAGCCGAGUCCACCACUUCAUCUGUGACUGUAGCAACAGGGACGAGGUGUACCGGGUGGCCGACCAGGUUAAAAGGGAGGUGGGCGACGUCAGCAUCUUGGUGAACAACGCUGGAAUCGUAACCGGGAAGAAAUUCAUGGAAGCUCCAGAUUCUCUGAUCGAGAAGACCAUGGAGGUCAACACCAUGGCUCACUUCUGGACCUACAAGGCCUUCCUACCGGCCAUGAUCGCCAACAACCACGGACACCUGGUCAGCAUCGCCAGCUCUGCCGGGCUCAUCGGAGUGAAUGGAUUAGCAGACUACUGUGCCAGUAAGUUUGCAGCCGUAGGCUUUGCAGAGUCGAUAGGCCUGGAACUUCUGGCGACAGGCAAAGAUGGGAUCAAAACCACCAUUGUGUGUCCCUACUUUAUCAACACGGGGAUGUUUGAUGGAUGUCAAACCAAGUGGCCGAGGCUGAUGCCGAUCCUCAAUGCAGAGAAGGUAACCAAGAAGAUCCUCCAUGCUGUCCUCACAGACCAAACCUACCUCCUGCUGCCUAAGAGCAUGUACCUAAUGGUUGCUCUGAAGAACUUCCUGCCCAUGAAGCAAGGCAUCCUGCUGGGUCAGUACUUUGGAGCCUUCAACCUCAUGGACACAUUCAGAGGACGCUCCAAGAAGCAGGAGUGAGGAGGAGGCAGAAGAAUCAGGAGAGCGUCUAAAUGAAGGAGAUAUUAAACCUGGGAGGCGUCUUUAUAAUCAAGAAAAAAUCAUCCAAUGGUUUAAUUUUACACAGAAAAGGGAGAACAGCUGUUUAAAGGACGGCUUUUUAAUUCUAGGAAAUCAUUUUUCUAAACUUUUCUCUGGGUUUGGAGUUCCUGUUAAUUUCCAGAAGUCGUUAUUCUAUUCGAUAAAAACGAUCAUCUGUAAAGCAGGCGAUCAAACAAGUUAGCUUAGCUUAAACUCAGGCUGAACUGGGAAGGAUUUUCCUCAUUAAUUAUCCUGUCCUGCGUGUUUCACUGAGCAGACUGAAGUUUUCCUGCUAAACGUCACUUUUGGGGACAAACGAUGAAACUUAGUUUUCUAGGUGGAUUUUCUUAAAAUCAGAGAGAAACCAAACGGCUGCUUGUUGUGGGAAAAACGUCUGAAUGUUUCCUGAAGGAAUCAGAAUGUUUUUCAUGAACUCCUCAUGAAAUUUCAAGGCGCUGAAAACUGCAGACUGACUGAUUGAUAAAUCUGGACCCGGUUCUCCAUUCAUGCCGAGCAGCGCCUUCUAGAACCACAUAUUCUAGAUAACUCUUCAGGAAGAUGCGGAUCUAUGGGCAUUUUUCUCUCAUCCAUGUAUAUAAUUCCUGUUGGAAAAAUGCAAAUAAAAAUAAGCUUCUUUUCAUUACUUCUGACCAGAAAAGAGAAAUGUACGUUUCAUUUUUCUUUCAAAGUUAAAUUAAUAGUUUAGAUUUUGUAAUACUUUUAGAAAAGCUUCGAUUAACAUUUGUUCUCACAGUAAAAUAAACAUUUCAAAGUGUGUCUGAAAAACGAGCAGAGAAGAUGUUCAUCCUUCCAGCUCUUCAUCCUCUCCUGACAUUAAAUCUUUA